AUGCCUUACCGCACCAACUACGAGCCUUAUACUAGCCAGAGCUUCGAGAUGAAGCGCGAACUUUCCACCGAAGAGAUCCUCUACCCUCUCGGGACACUCUACCCACACGUCGUGGCUCUUCAGCUCCAAACCGACGAGUACCCGUGGUGCAAGGCCAACCACUACGCUGGAUAUGACAGCAGCCUUUCAGUGGACGAAGCGUCGGAGCAUUAUUCGACCAAGUCGAUGCUACGCAGGAACAGUGACUCCACAGCAUGCCGCAUUGUGUCACGAAUUCGGCGACUACUCAACCGCGACGAAUUGCGACGUCGCCGACAGGCCUGA